GCAUCCCCGGAGCAGUCUUUCGAAAAACAGUGUUUCAGAACGGCAUAGUAUACCCCAAACAUAACAUUUCUAAGGCUCGGGCACACCUCCCGGGAAGCUCAGUCUUCAAUACUCUCAGCAUGCAUCUGCGCAAGAUACUUAGAAUGGGGCAUCUACCUUCUUCAUCACAUCCCCUGGGACAGGUUACUUCAAAAUGCCAGGUUCUUUGCUCCUGCACAUCCUCAGCACCAUCCACAAAUCCACGCAUCCAUCUAGACACCCUGAUCAUACGAUCUCACUCUCGUCACCACAAUGGCUGUUCCAUCCUCCGCGAUGCUGGUACCUCCCCCCACCUACUCCCCUCUUCUCCUAUUUCUCACAGAACUCAAGCUAACAUCCACCAGGGCGUGGUAUGGGGCCAGCUCAGCGUCCAGGCCUUCUUUGUUUUAUUCCGGUUUUGGAUACAAAAGUUCAAGCUCAAGAGCAGAAUGACGCUACCAGAUCACAUGAUCUUCCUAUCCCUAUUUUGGACAGUCAUUGGAAUAACCCUCAUGACAUUUCUCACACUCCUCGAUAUUAAAGCCGAGGCCAGCGCGGAUAAUCCGCUGGAAGAGAGGAUCCCAUAUAUAGCACUUUCAAAAUCUGAUAUGGCGAGGUACAUGAAGUAUACAGUUGGCAUUACGAUCUGCUACUACUCUGGAGUUUGGUCCGUAAAGGCAUCGUUCCUGGCGAUGUACUUCGCCCUAGGAGAGAAAAUCAGCAAAGGGAUGAGGAAGGCGCUUCUGGUCGCCGCAAUCUUCACGGGCGCGGCCUGGGUUACGGUGAUAAUAAUCAACUUGAUGUGGUGCAGGCCCUUGAGUAGGACAUGGUCCGUCUCCCAUCCUACCAGUGCUCGUGUGACGCGCUGAUUGACAGGUGAUUAUUCCAGGGAAGUAGUUGUCCCAACGGACCCACAAUAUUGCAUGUUCCUCGACCUCCCAGUCUUAGCAAUUCAUUUUUCCUUCAAUAUCAGUACCGAUCUCUUCUGUCCGUCUCGCCCCCCUUCAAUCCCUUUCACCUACUAACCCCAUUGAUCCAGUAUUAUUGUUUUCCCUAAUCCUCCUCCGAAGCGUACACAUGCAACGCCGGGAAGCUGCAGGCUUCGCAUUCGUGAUUGUAAUUGGUAGCAUCAGUAUAAUUGGUGCGAUAGCCCGCGUGGGAGUUAUCCUCCCGUACUGGGACGACUAUAUCCAGCGCUACGAAUGGAAGCAGAAAGCCGCGAUUUGGUCCAUGGUGGAGCAGUCCGCUGCUAUAAUCGCCAGCUGCUUGCCGUCCUUCCGCCUGUUCCUUCGGGAUAAGAAGGCUAAGAAUCCUUAUGGCCCACCAAGGGAUGAAGAAGGGGGGUUUGUCAAUCUAGCCCCGGUUCAUAACAAGAUACAGAAGGGGAAGAAUACGAUGGCAACAAAGGAGGUUGAAGAGGAAGGUGAGAGGACGCCGUGGGACAUUCCAGGAAUAACGUUGGCACCAUAUGCUGGAUCUGCAGACGGGAAAAGCAAUGGUAGUGAUGUGGGAAGGUAUAUGAGUGCUCUGGGAUCAAUGGAGAGGAUUAGUAGCGUUGCACCCAGCCUUGGGAAUGAGCCAUGGCCUAGGACUCCCUGGGGUAUCCCAGGACUCGAGAGUGAGUCCGAUACUUCGGAGAGCGGUGAGAAUAGGAGUUAGCUUUGUGGGGGGGGUAUUAUGACGGCACGUCUAUGAACAAGUUUGCCUGCACCCGCGGCGGAUGGGCGGGCAAUGGAUAGGUUGAAAAUGCACUCUUCAGCAUGUAUGAUACAUUAAAAUUAUGAUAGCUUAUGUUCUACCUGGAGCAAAAAUUUGUUUUAUCCCUCG